AUGAGUUCCGCUUCCAUUUUUUUUAUUGGACCUCCACUCUGCGUUCGCCACCACCAUCGCCAUCUUUGUUCAAGCGGCGCUGCUCCGUCGUCAUCACCAUCAUCAAUCGCGUUCUUCAUAAAAUCAGGCGACCCAAUUGCUUCCUGCUAUCCGCCGCUCAAAUCAAUUGCCGCCGGCUGCUUGCCACCUUCCGGAGCUCAUCGUCGACCGGAUUCCGGUCGCUGCUUUUCGCCGAGCCAUUUGAUUUCAGCUAUUGCUGCUUUUCUGCUGCAAUUCCAAUUGCUUGCCAUUCACUUGCCGCUGUUUAUCACUGUUCUGCAAAAUUUCGCCGAUCAUCCUUCUGCCAGCCGGAGUUCACCACUGCCGCUGCUUGUCCCGAUUGAUUCCGGCGGGUUUUUCAUCAAUUUCAGUGUUCAAUUGUCGCCGGUUGCUGCUGUUGUUCCGUUCGCCAACUUCAUCACCCUGGAACGUUGCUUCAAUCAAUUCCGUCUGUCCGCCACUCCCCUUGUUUGCUGCUCAGCCGCCAACACUAUCAUCAAUUCAGUUUACUGCCGUUCGUGCACGUCCCUGACUACCACCUUGCUGCGGUCGAUCAAUUUCAUCAGUCCACUGUCGCACUCGCUGUCAUCGCCAUCGUCCUUCUGA